CGCUCCUGGCAGACCCCGGAUCAGCGCCGGGAGGGCAAAGGGCUCUGGGCCGGGGACGUCGCUGGGGUCAGGCCCGGCCCCGGGGAAGCGGGACACGCGCUGCAGCCCCGGUGCCCCGCGCCCCUCUGCCGUGGGGGGGCCGCCCCGCCCCGCCCCAGAUGGCCCAGGGAGGGGGUGGAGCCCGGUGCAUUGUGGGUGCCGCCCAUGGCCGCGGCAGGUGAGCGAUGAGCCGGGGGAGGGCAGCGGCUCCGGGCGCGGCGCAGGCGGCGGAUGCUCCGGCCCGGCUGGCAGGCUCAGCUGUGCCAUGUCCCUGAUGGUGGAGGUCGGCGAGAGCCAGCUGGGGAGGAUGACGGCAGAUGACAUCAUCGCUGGCACGCGGCAGGUGGUGAAGGGGCUGGAGGCGCUGCGGAACGAAAACAGGGGCAUCUCACAGCGGCUGCAGGAGGCCCUGAUCCAGGGCCAUGGGCAGGAGGAGCCGCCGGGGGGCCAGGCCCUGCAGCUCCUGGAGGAGAAAUACGACCUCGUCCGCAAGUCCCUGGAGGGGAUUGAGCUGGGGCUUGGCGAGGCAAAGAUGAUGAUCGCGCUGUCGUCCCACAUCGGGGCACUGGAGGCCGAGAAGCAGAAGCUGCGGGCGCAGGUAAAGAGGCUCUGCCAGGAGAACCUGUGGCUGCGCGAGGAGCUGGCGGGGACCCAGCUGCGGCUGCAGCAGAGCGAGGAGAUGGUGGCGCAGCUGGAGGAGGAGAAGAAACACCUGGAGUUCCUGAACCAGCUGAAGCAGUACGACACCAAGGAGGAGCAGCCGGAAAAGGACGACGCCCAGAAGCGGAAGGAUAGCCUGGCCUCCCUGUUUGCCAGCGACGAGGAUGAGCAGCGGCAGGGGAGCCAGCCGACCAGCACGGCCAUGGCAGCGGCACAGCAGGGCGGCUACGAGAUCCCGGCGCGGCUGCGCACGCUGCACAACCUGGUGAUCCAAUACGCCUCGCAGGGGCGCUACGAGGUGGCCGUGCCGCUCUGCAAGCAGGCGCUGGAGGACCUGGAGAAGAACUCUGGACACAGCCACCCUGACGUGGCCACCAUGCUCAACAUCCUGGCGCUGGUGUACAGGGACCAGAACAAGUACAAGGAGGCCACGGACCUGCUGAACGACGCUCUGGACAUCCGGGAGCAGGCCCUGGGUGUGGAGCACCCGGCGGUGGCCGCCACCCUGAACAACCUGGCCGUGCUGUAUGGCAAGCGGGGCAAGUACAAGGAAGCGGAGCCGCUGUGCAAGCGGGCGCUGGAGAUCCGCGAGAAGGUCCUGGGCCCCACGCACCCCGACGUGGCCAAGCAGCUCAACAAUCUGGCGCUGCUGUGCCAGAACCAGGGCAAGUUCGAGGAGAUGGAGCGGUACUACGAGCGGGCGCUGCGCAUCUACCAGAGCCAGCUGGGCCCCCACGACCCCAACGUGGCCAAGACCAAGAACAACCUGGCCUCCUCCUACCUGAAGCAGGGCAAGUACCAGCAGGCCGAGGAGCUGUACAAGGAGAUCCUCACCUCCCAUGACAAGGAGCGGGCAGCUGCCCACCACGGUGAUCUCGCAGCAGGCCAGAGCAGUGCAGACCCCCUGAGCCAGGAUGCCAUGGGCAGCGUGCGCCGGAGCAGCUCCUUCUCCAAGCUGCGGGAAUCCAUCCGGCGUGGCAGCGAGAAGCUCGUCUCCCGGCUGAAAGGCGAGAGCGUCCGGACCAUGGACCCCAACCCUGGGAUGAAACGCGCCAGCUCCCUGAACGUCCUGCAUGUGGGUGAGAGGCCACCAGUGCCAGCGGCUUCCCCAGCGGUGCCCAGCAGGAACCUGAGUGCCAGCAGCCAGAACCUCUCCCCCAGCAGCUCCCUCUCCAGUGCGGGCUGAGGCACUGGCACGACUAGGCCAGCUGGAGUCUCAGCUCUGCUUGCUACCAGCCCCCCCCCCGCAGCCUGCCCGUUAACCCUCCAGGGCGCAGAGUGCACAGAGCAAGGGGCACGGCUGGCUGCAGCCCAGCCAGCCCCCGGGUUGGACCUCACUGGAUGUGAUGAAUGUGCCCCCCCUCAACUAGGAGAGACUAAGCCGGUGCCUGCCCCCUACUGGGCUGCUCUGGCCCCAUAGCACAAGCUGCUCUUUCUCAGGAAGCCCCUGGGCUCGGCCUGGCCCUGCUCCAGCUGCCUUAACGCCCCCCCCGAUUGCAGGGGCCAGGGCUCGCUAUUUAUUCUAUUUAUAGGUGAGAGCAGAACAAGCACAACGUGAAUAAAGGUGUUUGGC